CCAGAUGGCCCGUGUGAAUGGUGUAUUCAUCGUGACCUUGAAUGUACCUUUAACAGGGAAAGGCCACGGAAGAAGCGGCGGAACAGUCUGAAUACACGUGAUCUCGAAACUCUCUCCCGACGUGUUGACCAGCUGGAAAAGGCCUUGGCUCAUGCUCAGUCACUGGCUAUUCUUUCGCAUGGGGCCUCUACGCAGGAUUCAAUAGAAACGAUUGAUACGAAUUGCACCGGCUUAUCUGGGCACCGCUCUUCGCCUGAAUCUGCUUUAGAGCCCACAAAUGACUGCAAUUCGCCCACAAACAGUGAUUCUGCGAAGAAUUCAGUGUCUGUAAGCCAGUUGGGCCCCAAUUGGUAUUUUGAAGGGAUACCCGUCUCAUCGGAAGCGGGACUCCAAUGGAUCUCGACAAGAACCGGUCAGCCUGUCACUGGGACUGAGUUUAGGAUUUCUGAUCUCAAAUGUGCCUUUUCAAAGGCACUUCGGUCAUCGAUCUCACCAAAACUGUGCGAAUUGCCUGAACAGGAAGUUACCCGAAGGAUCUUGACACCUUUUUUUGGCUCGUCAUUUAGACUCGAGUUUCCUGUUUUAAACCAGGACUUGUUUGAGAAGACUAUUGAAAAUGCGUAUGAGCCCGUGGAUAAGAACUUGAUCUCACCCGGCCAGAUUUCAGCAAGGGCCUGUGUUCUAAGUGCUAUCUCCUUCGCAUCUUGUCAGCACACAAGGGGACAGAUACCACUUUCUGUGGAUGUGGAAGCAUGUGCAGCUGAAGCACAUCGUCUCAUUCUGAAUAUCACAGGAGAUAUGGGUUUGGAUACUCUUCAAACGGCUUUAUUGUUGGGACUACAACGCACAUUCCAUGGCCAUUGGCAAGAUGCUGCGUCCUUUCAUUCUAUUGCAUGUCGAAUAGUCUGCUCCUUGAAUGGGCACAUCACUCAACCAGCCGCACAAUUGGGAUCUGAUGGUUCGCAUGUAAAAGCGGGAGAGAGCCAUCAUAUUCGGGUGCUAUUUUGGCUAUGCUACAUGCUAGACAAGGAAAUUUCUCUACGCACUGGCAACCCUCCUCUUCUUAUUGAUGGUUAUUGUGACCUCGAUCCUCUCGAUACCUCCACGGAUUACUUCAACUACCUUUCAAGCCUGUCUGUAUCUCCCACAACCGAAGAAAGAUACGAGGACAUUAUUCCAUUUUUGCCAGCAGACCCUCAUCUGAGUCAUUUGAAGGAGAAAGUUUACUUGCAACUAUAUUCUGCUCGAGCAAUGAAAGACGACGAUAACCAGCUUCUUCUCCAUAUCCGGGAGCUAGAUGAUCAGAUUGAAUGCUGGCGUUCAUCAAUACCUCUCAACUUUCGCCCAGCUCUCUCUGUGUCUCAAAACACACCACCGAAUCCGUCAGAACAAUGCUUCCCAUAUAUAGUUCGAUGCAUGUCUCUACAACUAGAUUACCACCACCUCGUGACGAUAAUUCACACAACGGUGCGCAAAUGCACCGUCGAUUCAAGUGAUGGGGUUCGAGAUCUUCAUGACGUGGUUCAUUCAAGCUUCGAUCUAUCGUUGGAAGCCAGCCGCUCAAGUUUCUGGUGUUUACGGGUUCUCAUCGAAAUUAUUGCAGAAGAUGCAUUCCGAUUCAUCACUGCCUAUUCCACAACUGCUGCCACCUCACUCUUUCUCAAUAUUGUGAUACAUCCACUCGAUAAACAAGCGCAGCGUGAUUUGGAACUGUUGAUGUCUGCAGCAAACAUGAUACGAAAUAUGCCUAUGGUGACUUUGACGCAGAGAGAGACUAACGUAAUCCAAGAAACUGCGAGCUGUGUGAUGAGGUUGGUGUGGCUUGGCAGCUGUGCCGUGACGAAGGCUGAAAGAGAGAUCAACUCAACGGGCAUAGUUUCUGAAUUGGGCUAG